UGGUCAGAACACCCACCGACACACCUUCAUUGAAUUGUGCGCAGAUGUGUGUUUCUAUUUGCUUUUGGCCUUGGGGGACGCCAAAGCCCCAGUGACGCGAAUGAAGUGUCCCUCCUCCCCGCGGCCAGCGAGAAAAGACGAGUUUGAGGCGGAAGUACGGAUUGUCGUUCUGUUCCUCAGCUAAGCGUUGGGUCACAAGCUUCCUCGUUUUCACGGCUUCAGCAACUCCUCUUGAAAGGACUUCCUCUAAUCGAUUUGGAUCUUUGAAGUACGUUGAUCCCGUCCAUCUGCAGCGAUCCAGCCAAUCAUGAGCAGCAGCUACAGUGUCGCCCUCAUUGGCCCCUCCCCCUGGGGUUUCAGACUGCAGGGUGGGAAGGACUUCUGCAUGCCCCUCAACAUCUCAAAAUUGACAGAUGGGGGGAAGGCAUCCAAAGCCAACAUCAGCGUCGGAGACACAGUGCUGUCCAUUGACGGCAUCUCCACAGAGGGCAUGACCCAUCUGGAAGCGCAGAACAAGAUCAAGGCCUGCACGGGCAACCUGAACCUCACCCUGCAGAAAGGCACAACUAUUCCAAAGGCAGAUGCUAAGGCUGAGCCCCAGGAGAUCAUAAAGCCUGUGCCCAUCACACACACCUCCGCCUCGCCCGUGCCCUUCUCCAGUGGGGGCGGCGGCAGCGGCAGGGGCAGCCCCGCGCCCGCCUACAACAAGACGGCCCGGCCCUUCGGGGGUGGCGGCGGAGCUCCUUCGUCGGGGGUUUCCACGCCCCCCCGCGUGGCCUUCAUCCCCUCCGCCUCCUCGGCCUUCACCCCCACCGCCCCCACCGCCGCCCCCGUCCACUCCCAGCACCAGCAGAAGCAGCCUAUCCGCGCCUUCCCCCCUCCAUCCUCCUCCUCCUCGGCCUCCUCUUCGGCCUCCUCCUCCCCGGGCCGUAACACGGGCCCCGCCCCGCCGCCCUCCUCCGUCUACAACACGCCCAUCCAGCUGUACUCGAGCGAGAACGCCGUCGAGGUGGCCAUGGGACAGCAGAGGGGGCUGCUGGAGGCCAAGGGGGGUGUGGAGCUCUUUAACGGGACGGCGAAGAAGCCCGUGUUGACUGCGGAGCGUGAGGUGGCUCCGCCCCCGGCCCCGGUGUCCCACAGCAGUAAGCAGCGUCUGAUGGAGGACACGGAGGACUGGCACCCGCGCACCGGCACCUCUCAGUCCCGCUCCUUCCGCAUCCUGGCCCAGAUCACCGGCACCGAGAAUGAUCAAGCUCCAGAGAACAGCUCUGCAAAGAAUGAAGUGGUGGAUGAUCUCAUCUCCAGUGCUCCGCUGAGAUCCAAAGUGUCUGUAGCCCCUCGCCAUGGUAACGGAGUUGCCCCGCCCUCCUCCAAACCCUGGCAGUCCGGCAACACAGCAGGUCUGCCCAAAGCGGGUGCCCAGCCAUCCUUCGGCCGGGUGAGCAACGCCAGCAGCGCCCCCAAGGUGGCGCCAGCGCGCCCCGCCCCCCAGCCUCACCCCAUGGACCAGGACUCUCUGGUGCAGCGCGCCGAGCACGUGGCAGCCGGAACACGCACGCCAAUGUGUGCCCACUGCAACAUGGUCAUCAGGGGCCCGUUCCUGGUUGCCAUGGGGAAGUCGUGGCACCCGGAGGAGUUCAACUGCUCCCACUGCCGCACCUCGCUGGUGGAGGUGGGCUUCGUGGAGGAGCGGGGCACUGUGCACUGUGAGCACUGCUAUGAGAAGUACCUGGCCCCCUCCUGCGCCCGCUGCCAGGGGAAGGUGCUGGGGGAAGUGAUCAACGCUCUGAAGCAGACGUGGCACGUGUCCUGCUUCCUGUGCACAACCUGCCAGCAGCCCAUCCGCAACAACACCUUCCACAUGGAGGACGGACAGCCCUACUGCGAGAAAGAUUACUAUGAGGUCUUUGGGACGAGCUGUCAUGGCUGUGAUUUCCCUAUCGAGGCCGGAGACAAGUUCCUGGAGGCCCUCGGCUUCACCUGGCACGACACCUGCUUCGUGUGUGCGGUCUGCCAGACCAGCCUGGAGGGGCAGACGUUCUUCUCCAAGAAGGACAAGGCCCUGUGCAAGAAACAUGCCCACACUGUCAAAAUCUAACCCCCCCCACCAGGGCCCACAGAGGUGGCGUAGAGGUCAAGGUCACGCAGAAAAACAAACAAACAAAGAAACAAACACACAAAGCAGAUUGCCUAUUCGUCAAGCUGUUGAUAUUUUUAAUUGGUUGAAAAUAGUUGUUUAAGUAUACAUGUGUUAAAAGGUGUCGUUGACAUGUUGAGGUGUUUGGUGUUGGGAACUGAUGCUUUUUUGUUUUCAUGCACUGCUUUCAUGGACAGUGAGCUGAAUAGGCAGGAGAUGACCAAGAUGUUCUGGUGUCAUGAUUUCAUUCCAGAUGUUUCACUUUUAGGACACGUUUAAUACAGAAAUGGUCUCUUUCAUUGCUUUCAUUCAAACACUGAAGGUUCCAACAUAGAAUCUUUUCUUAAUCAGAAUUCUAGACGGCAUCACUUAUUUUAAGAGUGGAGGUUUGCACAUUCCUUUUAUUCCAAAAGACUGUCACUGAGAAUGUAAAAGAUCAAAAAAUUGCAGCAAGAGCCCAUGCCACUAGUAACCUACUUACUCUGUUGUGCAAGGGAAAAGUCAUUCUAUGUUAUCGGGUGGCUUGUCUGUAAGCUAAUGGGUAGAGGACACAAACUGGGACAGCCAUAUUACCAUGGGCUUUCUAAGAUGGAUAAAUGUUCUGUACACAAUGAUUUCAACACCAUGCACCCUCAGCUAAAACAAAUACCUUUCUAGUGGGUUGUAAUGGGUCUGGUGGGUACUUUGGUGGUCUGGUGUGUACUUUGUAGGUCUAAAUAUGUUCCUCGCAGCAAUACUGUGCUGCUGUAAAGUUAAUUUAAGAAGCCUGCGUAGAGUCAAUCAUCAGUGGGGUCUAAGUAAAGCUUUUCAGGGAAACAAGCAGUGGAACCUAUUAGGGUUCUAGGUCACACUUUUUCUCUCUCUCUUUUCAAAGUGUGUACCUUGAACACCCAACUCCCACGUCUCUGUUCUCUCCUCUCCUGUUGCUGAGGUCCACCUCGGUCUUAUUUAACCUGCUCUAUUUAUUUUAGUGUAAGGGAUAACUUUGGGCUUCUUAGAGCUUUGCACAAUUUCACUGCACUGAUGGUCCAUGUAGUUUAGGGGCAGUGAUUUUUUUUUUUUUUAAAGAUCUGUUUUUAGAUGUUUAAAUGAUCUUGUUUUAUGUAAUGGCAAAGUACGUCUAUCUUGUAAGGUGAAGUAAAAUUGAAAUGUUAAAUUGAAGCCAACAUUGUGCCUUAGUGUCUCCAAGUAAGUACUUGGUGCAUUUUUUCUCUUUAAGCGGUUAGCUUUUUCGACACACAUUUGUUAAAGAAUAUUUUGCCUUUGUAUCUGUUUAUUUAAAAUAAAAUAUUGAGAUAAAUUUGGGAGAUAUAAAUCUAAAAGGUAUGAUACGUGUCAAAGAAAACAUUGGUUAGUUUUUGUUAUGUUUGUUAUCAGUCACUUUAUGGCCAUGUCUAUUGCCAUGUCUAUCAGUUUUUCACAGCCAUUGUCAGUAUACAUGUUCCUUGUGGACAAGCCACUAAUAAAGAGUAUUGAUCUGGGAUAAAGCUA